AUGAGUACAACAAGUCCACAGCUUACAUUAUUCCAUUAUGCAGCACUUACUCUCGAUGUUGAUGUCUUCAUGUGGUGUUUUCAAAAAGUUUUAUUUCUAAAAAACGAAGAUGGAUCAAUAUCAAAUACAGAGGAUACAGAUAAAUAUGUAUUGGAAUUUUUCGAAUCCAAGAAAGAUUUUUUGAUGUACUGCAUCAAAAAUUCGAAAGAUAACCCAACUGAAUUUGUUGACCAAUUGCUUUCUAAUGAAACAUUUAGAAGUUAUUCUGGAUACAAAGGAUUGAUUCUUCAUAGAGACAAAAACAAUAAUAAUUUGUUACAUUACGCAUGCAUGAGAGCAAGUCCUAUAUUAUUUCUGUUAAUAACUUCGGAAUUUGCAAGUAUUAUUCACAAUGCACCAACAGAUGCUUCCAUUGACUUCCUUUCAUCUAAAAAUAAUGAUGGAGAAUGCCCAAUUCAUAUUGCAGUCAAAAAUAAGUGCAUGGAAAUUUUAGAAUUAGCAUCUCAAUAUAAUGCUGCGAUUGGGACGAAAAAUAUUUUUGAAGAUGAGCCUGAUAAUGAUAUCGAACGCGUUUUCAAAAUGAGUAUAGAACUUCUUUCUGAAUCGUGUAAAAAUGGUAGUAACAAUAAUGAUUAUGAAGGAAUAUUCCAGCCAGAUUCGAAAGGCCAAUUAAUUUUACAUAUAGCUGUUAAUGUUGGUUGGAUUGAAGGUGUCAAAAGAAUACUUGAAAUAGUUGAUAAUAAGAGCGCAAGUUUUUUUGUUAAAUAUAAAGAUCAGCAUGGUUUAUCUCCUGUUGCAUGGAUGGCAAUUAAUGGACAUGUCAAAAUGUUAGAACUUGUUCGAUCAAAGUUUGGUGAAGAUGUUUUAUUCAAGGAUAAAACCAAGUACUCCAGAAGAAAUCUUUUGCAAUUGGCAAUAACUGAAAAUCAACAUGAAGUUGUUGAAUACCUGAUAAACAAUACAAAAUUUAAGGAAAACAUUGAUACUUCAUCAGGCCAGCCAUCACUUUCUGCGCUUCAUUAUGCUGUUUUAUUAGAAGAUUUUGAGAUGAUCGAAUAUCUCGUUCAAAAUGGAUGUGAUCCAAUGAAAUCUAAGUUCAACAUAUUAAGUCCUUAUGAAAUGACAACUGAUGAAAUUUUGAGGUGUGCAAUGUGUCAAUGA